CGCUCUGCCUCAGAGUGGCUUGUUAUUAGCGAGAUCCUGCCCCGAGCGGGUUGUUCUGCCUCCGGGGUGACGUAUUACGAACAACCCUUGUCCCGGGAUGCUUUGAUUUGGGAAUCGAUCUGACUCGGGGUGGCGUGUUAUGAGCGAGAUCCUGCCCAAGGGCAUUCCGCGGGCGGGUUCUUCUGCCUUCAAGGUGGCGUAUUAUGAACAACCCUUGUUCCGGGAUGCUUUGAUUUGUGACCCACUCUGCCUCGGGGUGGCGUAUUAUGAGCGAGAUCUUGCCCCGGAGGGCAUUCCGCGGGCGGAUUGUUCUGCCUUCGGGGCGGCGUAUUACGAACAACCCUUGCCCCAGGAUGUUUUGAUUUGGGACUUGAUCUGCCAUGGAAUGACGUGUUUUGAGCGAGAUCCUGUCCCGGAGGGCAUUCUGCGGGCGGGUUGUUCUGCCUUCGCGGCGGCGUAUUACGAACAACCCUUGUCCCAGGAUGCUUUGAUUUGGGACUCGCUUACGAUAUCUUGCAUCCAAUGACCUUUCUUGUAAUGAUAGAUUGGAGACUCGAUCUACAUUUUUUAAUCGGCUGAAUGGUACUUGCAUAAGUGCAAAAAUUCCAUGUUUUGCUUACCGCCUCCCCACUCAUAGUGGAGAGCCUCUAGGUACUCGGUCCUAUUUUGUCACAUAUGAGGUAGGGUCCUUCCCAAUUCGCCGCCAACUUGCCGUGUUUGUCCUUCUCUUUCUUGUCGAACAUCCUCUUAAGCACCAUGUCUCUUUCCUCCAGGGGGCGUGGUGGGAUUUUGUUGUUAUACACCUUGGUCACCUUCUCCUUUUCUGCAAUGGUACGGAUCAAUGCCACCUCCCACCUUUCUUCGAUCAUGUUCAGCUGAUGGAGUAGGUGGCAUGGUUUUCUUUAGGAGCAUAUGAUAAAGCACCAGGGGGGGUGCUUUGUUUGAUCAGAAUACGCAGCUCGAAACUCUUCAACGGAAGAUAAAACAGAUAGGUAGAAUUUCACCACAAUCAAGGUGAUUACUUGAUUGAUAAGAAACUUGUAAAACGAAUUUGGAAUCCUCACAGAAAAGCUUGACAAGGGUUCUCGAAUUAGCAAUGGAAUCCUCACAAAACUAACUCAAGGAUUUGAUUCUUGAGACACAACUCAAAGAACUCGAAACUCACGUUGGAGGAAAUUCUACCUAUCCAUUUUAUCUUUCGAAUUAGCAAUGGAAUCCUCACAAAACUAAUACAAGGAUUUGAUUCUUGAGACACAACUCAAAGAACUCGAAACUCACGUAGGAGUAAUUUUUAUUCAACUCAACUCUUCUCUAACUAUUACAACGAAAACUAGAGGGCUUUUAUAGCCAAAGAAAACCUAAUACAAUUCUAAACUAACAAGGAAACAAUUAAGGUAAAAAUCUACUCUUAUAAUGACUCAAAAUUCGGGUUUAAACUUCCUUUCUUGGAGUACAAGUAAGCUGCCAGCAAACAGUUCAAAACAACUUUCGUACUAACUUUGCGCCUUUUGUUCGAGGCCUUCCAGAACUCCAAUCUUUCAUCCAAUUCUUUCCCUUGGUAGAUAAACAUUCCUAGUUUCAUUUUGUAGAAGCCUUUUGACUUGAAUCCCAUCCAUGCUCCUUGAAUUGAGCUCCAAAGUAGGCUUCACAAAACAGUUUUCUGCCUUAGCCAUUUUCUGACAGUUUUCCAGUUUUGAGGUAGCAACUUUGAGGCCUUGGAAAAUAACCUUAAUGACAUCGUAUGGAUCCAAAAAGCUUACCAUUGAAAACAUGGUAAAUUUAUUUGUAAAACAAACCCUUAAACUUGAAUUUACACCAAGCCAAUUGAGAGAACCAUGCUUCCAAAGUAUGUACCCUGAACACGGAUUUUGACUUAGCCAAAUUCUGCCCUUCUUCUUCCCAACUUUGAUAGCUUCUUCGUCAAGUAAUAUAAGCGUGUUGGAUGACUCUACCUAACCAAUUGCUUGCGGGAACACCACAGACGCCAUGAUGUACUUUAUGUUAUGUUCCUCACAGAACUUCACAAUUGGGCGACAGUCAAACUGUGUACCAUGAUCGGUGAUGAUCGACUCUGGAAUUCCGAAGCGAAUCAGGAUGUUGUGAAAAAGAAAAUUUUGCACCCAGGGCACUUGUGAUUGCCUCGAGUGGCUCAGCCUCUAUCCAGGGAUUUUUCCAAUAAUAACACCUUUUAAAA